AUGGCAGAAGAUUGCAUGGUUUGUGCCGGAAAGCGCAGCGAGAACGAUGCGGCAUCAUCGGCGCGGGUCAAGCUUCCGUGCGGACACACGCACGAUGUCCGGGAGGUGGAGCUUGCGAAUAGUGUCACCCUUCCGUCCGAUAAGGCGGAACUGGACACAAUCACGCCUCGGAAAGUUGUAUGCCCGACAACCCAUUGCGGCGCUGAUGCAACGUGUGGACAAAGUUUGUUCAAUCGCUUCGGGCGCAAAAUCACAGCAACUGGUCGAACAGCAGAUUUUUUCUUCAACAAAUUCAUGAUACUCGAUGCCAUGAAAGAAAAGAUAACGAAGACCGUCAAAAAGGUUCACAGUGGAAUGGAUCCCAUAUUCCAGUAUCUGGAUGCACCUUUCACCGUAAUCUCUCCAGCUCACGUCUCUGGCUUCUGCGAAGAAGAAGUCGUUGGCAAAUUCGCGAAGUGUGAAAAGGCGCUCCUCCAGGAAUGGAAAUAUCAGAGUACAGUGUCUACCAGUUUCGAUACUGCGGCCCUACUGGAGAAGCUGGAGUUGCCAGAAGCUUUGCCACGCACGCUGGUACAUGGAAUGGAGCUGCCCGUGCGGCCCAUGCUUUUUGGCAUGCGACUCUGUCGUGUGAUGUGCCUGAUACGGCUUGUUGACGUCAUCCUGAGCCGCGAAGACGACGUUUGCGUCGAGCUUGCGGCCACUCUAACCGACAUGAUCAUCACCAAGUGUUGCAACAAUGUGACUCUCCUGGAGAAAGAAGCUGCAACGGCACUCGGCACCCCAGCUGUUAGAGACCGCCUUCGAGAUGCGUCGCAUGUCGCGCUGGAGGCAAUUCGGUUCAAUGUCUUGAGACAAGGCCAGCAACUCGAGUCUUUGGGCCAUUACGGCGCAGCAGACCAAACGACCAGUUGUAUGGAAGCGAUGAGCUCCGGCAAGGAAAUGCCAACUACUUUCCUCAACGACAAUUCGACCUUGUCAUACGGUUAUCAGUAUGACCAUAAUCUGGUCUCUAAGCCGUGCAGCAACGCACAAUAUGGGCAUUUGAUGCUGAUGAAAGUUGGCGACGAGGAGAAGCGGUGUGAGGAGUGCUUUGCGGAAUGA